GUUUACGAAUAUGUCCGCUCUCUAAACGCUAAAUGGCUAAUACCGGUGCCUUUUUCUCGUCUCUUUCAUGCCGGGCAUCAUUUCUGUUAUUCUUCGUUUGCUUUGCCCGCUCUCAGAACAUUGUCGUUUUUCAGCCGUCUUUUCUCGUCUCAAAUGGACCGCAAAUCUCCGCAUUUCUGCUCGGAAACGCAUCAGGGAUCUCACUGCAUCUCAGGACGGUUUCUGCUUCAAACACAACAGGAAGCAUUGGUCCAGCAUCAUGUGUAACAGAAGCAACGCGGUGGGCUCUCACAACUGAGCAGAUGGGAAAGAGUGCAGUUCGAGUUCAUCUGACAUUGAACCAAAGCUUGCAUUUGUGUGGGGAGAAUGAAACGACCGCUAACUGCUGUCCGAAACCGCUGUGUGUCCUGGAAACCCUUCAGGUGUCAGCCUGCGCUGGGAGCACGCCCCAGGCGUCAAUGCUGAUCCAAGUCGCCGUAAACGCCCGGUUGCUUCCUCCUAAUGCAGGAGCUGAUAACAAAACAGUUUUUCCAAACCAAGUUUACCAGCCACUUGGCGUUUGUCCGUGCGACCUGACAUCUAGAGCAUGUGACGCACGCUGCUGUUGUGACCAGGACUGUUCCAAUGAAGAUCUAAAGCUUUUUGCAUCCCACUGCCUGCAAGGACCCUUUGGGGGGCAGGUCUCCCCUCUUCCAGAUUACCAGUGCUCCGUGCAGUCUGCCGAAAACUCCCCAGACUGGUUUCCAUUUUUAUGCGUCAGUUCUCCACCUGAAAACAACCCCUACCUGGGUCUCUUCUACCAAGGGGACACAAUUGCCCCCAGGCCUGGCCCGUCCUUCCAAAUGCCUGCGCUGUCUGCUCCAGUGCCAGUUGGUAUUUAUAUUCAGGGAAGUCCUGUUGUCACGUCAGAUAACAAGUACUUCACAAUACCUCAGAUGGUCCUGGGACGGUGCGUAAAUGGUGCUCCUGUGGCCUUUCUCCAAAAUUUCAAAGUGGAGUGUGUAACUCCCUUCCACUCGUGUCCAACCGGUCCUCCCUUACAAACGCAACAAAAAGACUUGAGCUCUGAAGUGCUGGAUGGGCAAGGCGGUGCUGUCAAGGUGAAUUUGACUGAUGACGAGGCCCCUGAUUUGACUCUGUUCCUUUCAAGUGGUCAAGCUGAUUUUACAUCUGAGAUGCUGGUGUGUGAAAAUGUGACUUUAGCGCUGGAUUACAAAUUCUACUGGAAAGGAAAUGGCAUCACCAGCAUCUCUCUGACACGCACCGUUGGGACCAUCGUCUUGAAUGGAAGUUUGGCGUUAACUACAAGAUAUUCUGCUGUGUUUCUAAAUGGAGACUCUGUGGCUGAGCCCAACUCGGGGAACCCAGGUUAUCAGGUGGGAAGGCCUGUGAUCGCUGGUAUUCUGGACAACAAUACAGAUUUAAUGCAGAGGACACGGAUCAAUCUUUGGAAACCAGUGGGCGAUGGACUCUGUUCCAGUGUCAACAUGAAGCCAGUUGUGUUCGGGGAGAAUUCAACUUCAGGUUGCCUGCUGCCUGUCGGACAACAAAAUACGAGUCGGUGUGAUCUCCUGAGAGCGACUGUUGCCGAUCUGCAGGCGGCUCUAACCACAGCGGCGUAUGUAGCACAGCGUGGUAACCCUGAUCUUACAACCAUGACAGACUGGCUCAACAUCAGCUUUGUGACACCGAACUCCAGCUCAGCGACGGUAGACGCUGCGGGUGUGUGCGGUGAUAUUCCCUCCCACCAACACAUCAGUGUUUGGAGCCUCACCACCAGCCUGGUAGAUGGAGUACCCCAAAGAGAAAUCCAAGCUUUAGAAGUCAGCUAUAGCAAGUCCACUUGGGCACUGGAUUGUGGAGGAGGUGAUGUCUCCCUAUGUGAGGACCCAGAAGAAAGUCAGUUGUUCCCGAUCACCUCCUCGGUCACUUUUAUUGACAUUCCUAUUAAUGCAGGACCAGCCAAAAACAGGUUUCAGAUCAACUUCACAGAAUACGACUGUAACAGGAACGAUGUGUGUUGGCCUGAGCUCGCCUUUCCCUUCACCAGAUAUUACACAGGUGAACCUUAUUCCCAGUCGUUGGCUAAAGGGAUGAUCUUGGUUUUCAUGUUUCUCACUGCAGCAGUUCUUGGAACUCCAUGGAGACAGAUCAGACAGGCAUGGCACAAUGUUUGACUCUAAUGCUCAAAAGGUUCUUGGAAAAAAUGUAAAGGAUGACUUUUAGGUAGAAAAUAAUAGCGUAAGACACUAAUUAGUGGUAUAAUGUCACUAUAAUGUGCUUAUCCGUCUGUGAAAUGUUACAUAUUUUUCCAUAAUUAUACAUUUUGUACCUGUAAUUUUGUAAAUAUUGACAUGUAUUUGUGCACUUAUAGUGUAUUUGUAUAUUUUUGUAAUAAAUAUAUUUUUCAAGU